AUGAUGCUCCCUUGGAGUAAACUUAGCAACGUCACCACAGAUGGAUCUCCUAAUUUGAUGGGGAAAAAUGUCGGCCUGCUGAGGAGAAUACAGAAUAAAGUGAAAGAUGAAAAUCCUGACCAGGAUGUUAUUUUCCUUCACUGCAUCAUCCACCAGGAAUCUCUAUGUAAAUCGGUAUUACAGCUGAAUCAUGUUGUGAAUCCUGUCGUAAAACUUUUCAACUUUAUACGUGCAAGGGGACUUCUGCACCGUCAGUUCAUCACGUUCCUGGAGGAAACUGAUGCGGAUCACCAGGACCUACUUUAUCACUCCCGUGUCCGCUGGUUAAGUUUGGGCAAAGUGUUUCAACGAGUAUGGGAGCUCAAAGAGGAGAUCGGUGCAUUUUUGGAGUUACUGAGGAAGGCCGGCGAAUUUCCUGAGCUGAGCAACAAGAGCUGGCUUUGCGACUUUGUGUUUGCUGUGGAUAUAUUUUCACACAUGAAUGAACUGAACGUGAAGCUACAGGGGAAGGAUCAGUUUGUGCAUGACAUGUACACAAAUGUGAAAGCCUUUAAAUCCAAGCUGGCUUUUUUCUCCAGGCAAAUUUUGAAUAAGUUAUUCACUCAUUUUCCCACACUACCCACGCUGGAAGAGGCUGGCGCAAAUGUGAAAAAAUACAGCGAAUCACUGGAUGCGCUGCACAGAGAAUUCUGCCUGGAUGUCAAGGACACGCUGGAGGAGCUGAACAUGGUGAUCAGUCAUCAGGAAACGGUGUGCCCUGAUUCCUUCCCAGCUGCUGUGGAGGAUUUCAAGCAGGCCAGCUUAAAGAAGUCUCCAAACUACUAUUGCCUACAUAUCACCUAUUGA